GCUACGGAUGGAGCCCUGCGGAGUGAGGACUGGGCUCUCAACAUGGAAAUCUGCGAUAUCAUUAAUGAGACCGAAGAAGGGCCCAAAGAUGCUUUCAGAGCCAUAAAGAAGAGAAUUGUAGGGAAUAAGAACUUUCAUGAAGUUAUGUUGGCUUUAACGGUCCUGGAGACAUGUGUUAAAAACUGCGGCCAUCGCUUCCAUGUCCUUGUGGCCAGCCAGGACUUUGUAGAAGGUGUCCUGGUGAGAACAAUCCUGCCCAAGAACAAUCCUCCUGCCAUUGUGCAUGACAAGGUGCUGACGCUCAUCCAGUCCUGGGCAGAUGCCUUCCGGAGCUCCCCGGACUUGACAGGUGUUGUCACUGUCUAUGAAGACCUGAGGCGGAAAGGUCUGGAGUUCCCCAUGACUGACCUGGACAUGCUGUCACCCAUCCACACACCACAGAGGACUGUGUAUAGCACUGACUCACAGUCUGGGCAGACCUUGCCUGCCGUCAGCUCUGCUCAGCGGAUAGAGUCCAUCCUGCAUCCUGUCACGCUGCCCAUGGGGACUGGCACUUCCAGCAAUGUGCUCAUCACACCCACACCAGAGCAGGUCGGGAAGCUGCGCAGUGAGCUGGAAGUGGUGAACGGGAACAUGAAGGUGAUGUCGGAGAUGUUGACAGAGUUGGUGCCAGCGCAGGCCGAGACGUCCGACCUGGAAUUGCUGCAAGAGCUGAAUCGGACAUGCAGAGCGAUGCAGCAGCGUGUGCUGGAGCUGAUCCCCCGUAUCCUCCAUGAGCAGCUCACCGAGGAGCUACUCCUCAUCAAUGACAACCUCAACAACGUGUUUCUGCGCCACGAAAGGUUUGAGCGUCUUCGGACUGGACAGCCUGUUAAGAUGACAAAUGAGGCAGAGAACAGCUUGAUUGAUCUGGGACCCAGUGCUCCUUCUGCAGGGAGACAACCUGAAGCCACCAACAAUCUCUCUUCUCAGCUGGCUGGAAUGAACCUGGGCUCGAGCAGUGUGAGUGCAGGGCUGCACUCCCUCGACACCUCUGGCAAGACGGAAGAAGAGUUUGACAUGUUUGCCCUGACUCGGGGCAGCUCCCUGGCCGAGCAGCGCAAAGAGAUGAAGUACGAAGAUCCUCAAGCCUCCAAAGGACUAGCUGGCGCCCUGGAUGCCCGGCAGCAGAACACUGGAGCGGGGGAACCUGGUGUCUCCAGUGAUGGAGCCCAACUGACUAACUGGAUGAUGCGACAAGGAAUGGUGCCAGUCCCUCAAGCCAAUUUCAUGGAAGACAUAGAGAAGUGGCUCUCCACUGAUGUGGGAGAUUCAGAGGAUGGAAAAGGAGUCACCAGUGAAGAGUUUGACAAGUUCCUGGAAGAGCGAGCAAAAGUUGCGGACCGGCUACCCACUUUGUCCAGCUCCUCAGCAGGGACAUCUGUCACCGCUCCUGCCGCCAGCCAUCAUCGGAAGCAGGCAAAGGAAGAUGAUGCUAUGUUUGCCUUGUGAACACUACAGACUGGUGUGCAGUGGAAUAAGAGGCUGUGUGUAUUGUUUUGCUUGCCUCUGACCAGGGGCCAGCAGGGGAAGGGCUCUGUCCCCUUCCUCCACUCUAUUCCUGUUUUUCUUUUGAGUUGUUUUUAUUUUUAAGCUGCUUUCAGCUUCCAGAUAAUCAUUGUUGUGUUUAGGGAUGUCGUAUGGUAGACUUGCGAAGGGGGUUUUCAAAGCUGCUAGAGAACAUGGA